GAAGCCGGGCCAUGAGGGGCCUGUCCCGCCCGGCGCUGAGGGCGGGAUGGUGCGGGCGGCUUUGGGCCCCGCCGCGAAGGGCUCUGGCCGCUUCUCCGCCUUCUCCUCCCGCUGCGACCUCGGGUGCGCUGAACCCCUUCGACCGGCGGCUGAAGCGGAAGCAGAAGAACUGGGCGGCGCUGCAGGCCGAGCCCGCCAAGUGCGAUUACCUGCGGGAGGAGGUCGGCGGCAGGAUCGCGGACAGGGUGUUUGACAUCACCAGAACGUUUCCUCUGGCUUUGGACGUUGGCUCUGGACGAGGUUAUAUAGCGCAGCAUUUAACCAAGGAAACAGUUGAAAAACUUAUUCAAGUUGAUGUGGCAGAGAAUGCUUUGAAAAAUGCUGUAGAAACUGAAAUCCCCACGGUCAAGGUUGUAGCUGAUGAGGAAUUCCUUCCUUUCAAAGAAAACACAUUUGACCUUGUUGUUAGCAGCUUAAGUUUGCAUUGGGUGAAUGACCUUCCUAAAGCUUUUAAAGAGAUCCACCACGUUCUCAAGCCCGAUGGGGUGUUCAUUGGGGCAAUGUUUGGGGGGGACACCCUGUACGAGCUGCGCUGCUCUUUGCAGCUGGCAGAGCUGGAGAGGGAAGGCGGCUUUUCCCCUCACGUGUCGCCCUUCACUGCUGUCGCUGACUUGGGACAUCUGCUGUCCAGAGCUGGCUUCAACACCCUGACUGUGGAUACUGAUGAAAUCCAGGUCAACUACCCAGGAUUGUUUGAGGUCAUGGAAGACUUACAAGGUAUGGGGGAGAGUAAUUGCUCUUGGAAUAGAAAACCUCUGCUGCACAGGGAGACAAUGUUGGCAGCUGCUGCAAUAUACCGAGGUCAGUGUUUGAGAGAAAUGUAUGGAAAUAGUGAUGGUUCAGUACCUGCCACCUUUCAGAUCUACUACAUGAUUGGCUGGAAAUACCAUGAAUCACAGGCAAAACCAGCCCAGAGAGGUUCUGCAACAGUUUCAUUUGGAGAUCUGGCAAAAAUAGAAGGACUUAUUUCAAGAGGAAAAAAAUAGUUGUUCACCAGAAAUAAUGAUUGUCUGGAAGCUUCUAUAAAACUUCUCAUUGCAGAUGGUUUUCACUUGUACUUAUUUAGUGAUGACAUUCUGAAAUGAUAAUAAUGUACACACAGCAGGGUGUUAUGGCUUUGUACUGCCUCUGCCACAGCAUCAUCAUGGUGUUUAUUUUUUGUUUCUGGGGAAAUAUUUGAGCAGUUUUCUAAAUGAAUACAUGCUCUCUCAACUUGUGAUUAAAUUACUAUUUUCAAAAAUAACAUCUCUUCCAGCAUUUCUGUAUCACAGACUACUCCAGGUAUGAUUUGCAAGUUUUGGGUGAAUCUCAGCCUCCCUUAUUUUUUAAUUCUUCCUCAAGGAUGAUAGAUCAUAAUAAAGAAUGGUAUAUUGUAAAAGUAGAGAAUCAUGACAGGUGUAUUUAUAAGACAUCCAUAAGAUAAAAUAUCAGCAAAUAAAAAUACCUAAAUGAUUGUGGCUUUUGUUGGUUGGAAAUUAUGGGUAAAAAGUUACUGUCUGAAGUGUUUGAGAUUUGAAUAAUUAAAAGUGAUACUUUAUAUCUAGAUAUUAGUUUUAAAUUACAUUUACACAUUACUUUCUGCUUUUCUGUGUUAGAGGCUGAAAACAAGGAGUAUAAUUUUCUCCUUAGCUGUGACAUGGAGCUAUAACUUUUCCUGUCUAUAAACACAUUAUGAAAAAUUGAUAGUAGUUAAAAAUAUGGCUCGUUAACAUGAGGAGUUUAGAAAAAAUAUCUGCCCAGAGAUUCCAUGUGACUUUAGCACAGAUAGAGAUUGGUAGAAAAGGAUGAAGAAUAUAUAAUCAAAUAUACAGUUCAAUCAGUUUUAUCAUAGUAUCUGGGUGAUGUAUCAAUACUGGUGGGAACAAAAGGUUUUUUUAAGCCUUUUUAAAGCUUUUGUUCCUAGUCUUUUUUAAAGGUUAUCCAGCAGGUGGAGUUUGACAGGACUUGUGUGUGGCACAAACCCAACAGACCAGGGAGGCAGAAACCUUCCUGUCCGUAAGGUCCUAAUUUGGGGGGUUAUUUUGUCUACCAGACUUUGUCUCUGAAUAAGAAACAAAGGUACAAAACAUCAUGAUAAGGAGGGCAGGAAUAUUUUGUCCUGCUUUUGCUUACAAGCCUAAUCCAUAAUUAUUCAAGGGGAAUGAGUUCAUCUUUAGUUUUCCUUAUAAAAGAAGAACAACCCUCCUGGAAAAAGGGGGAGAGGCUGUAAAUGGUCUGAUAACCUUUAUGGCCCUCUAAAGAAUAAAUCUAAAACAAGAACUUAUUUCUGUGAAAGCGUCUUUUUUUUUUUUUUUAAUAUAUCAGUGGAUUCAAUACCAGAUACUGCAUCUCUCUACAGAUCUUCCCUGGCUUAAAUAAAAUUCCCUUAUUUCUGGGGGAUUCUCUCCAGUUUCCCAGAUGAAGGUUUCUGUGAAGUUCUGUGCCAAAUUAAUAUAACUCUAGACUUUUUUUUUGCUUUAGUA